CGCGCUCCGCGUUUCGCGUUUCGCUCUUAGCUAAUCAAGAUGGCGGAGAAUAUUUUGUUCAGGGACUGGAGUUGAAGCGCAGGAGCGGAAUUUGGAUUGCGGGAGAUUGUGAUGUUGAGCAGAAGGAUUUAUUCACCCCGAACAGAGCAUCUUCAGAAGAUUGUUUCCUGACCACGUUUUGUUCUCUCUAGAGUUCAGAGAAGGAGUCCAGCUUUGGAAACUUUAAGCAAGUCUAAUGAAGCGAGCGGCUGCAAAACAUCUAAUUGAGCGCUACUACCACCAGUUAACCGAGGGCUGUGGAAAUGAGGCCUGCACGAAUGAGGCUUGUGGCUCCUCCCCAGGUUUCCGGCGCAUGGAUAACAAUGCAGCGGCCAUCAAGGCCCUGGAGCUGUAUAAGAAUAACGCCAAACUAUGUGAUCCCCAUCCCUCCAAAAAAGGCGCCAGCUCGGCUUUUCCGGAGAACAGUGCCAAAGGAGCUCACAACUUUUCUGCUUGCAGCAACGGGAAGAUGAACCACAAGGACCUGCCUCCCACCAGGGAAGACUUUAGAGAUUUGAAUUACUUGACGGAGGAGAAGGUGUAUGAAAUUCUGGCCGUCUGCAGCGAGACGGAGGACUACUCCCCUCUGAUCCGCGUUAUCGGGAGGGUGUUCUCAAACGCCGAGAGCUUAGUGCAGAGCUUCCGCAAAGCCAAGCAGCACACCAAGGAGGAGCUGAAGUCACUGCAGGCCAAAGACGAGGACAAGGACGAAGACGAGAAGGAGGCCGCCUCGGCUUGCGCCGCCGCUGCUAUGGAAGUGGACCCGGAUGCGGCAUCUUCGAGUGAAGGAGCGUCCGGCGACAACGUCCGGAAGCCUGUGGAGGUGUCGGUGGACAUUGAGGCGGUGCGGAGAGUUUACGACAGGCUGCUGUCCAAUGAGAAGGUGGAGGCGGCCUUCCUGAACGCACUGGUGUACCUGUCGCCCAACGUGGAGUGCGACCUCACCUACCACAACGCCUACGCCGCCGAUCCUGACUACCUCAACGUGUUUAUCAUCGUGAUGGAGAACAGCAACCUGCACAGCCCCGAGUACCUGGAGAUGGCACUACCGCAGUUCUGCAAGGCCAUGAGCAAGCUGCCCCUUCCUGCUUUAGCCAAGUUGGCACGACUGUGGGCGCAGCACGGUGCGGAGCACAUCCGGCGUCUGCUCGAGACCUUCCAGCAGCUCAUCACGUACACCGUGAUCAGCAACGAGUUCAACAGCGACAACCUUGUCAACGAGGAUGACGGCGUAGUAGCAGCCACCAAGUGCCUGAAGGUGGUCUACUACGCCAACCUCCUGGGGGGCGACCUGGACGUCGGACACAGUGAAGACGAAGACGACGAGCCCGUAGCAGAAUCGAGUGAGCUCACGCUUCAGGAGCUGUUGGGUGAGGAGCGCCGUGCCAAGAAAGGCCCACGCGUGGACCCGCUUGAAACGGAGCUUGGCAUACGCGCCUCAGACUGCCGCAACCCCCUCGUCCCUUUUGAUGAGUUCAUCAACGAGCCUCUCAACGACGUGCUGGAAAUGGACAAAGACUACACCUUCUUCAAGGUGGAGACGGAGAGCAAGUUCUCUUUCAUGACCUGUCCGUUUAUCUUGAACGCCGUCACCAAGAACCUGGGCCUCUACUACGACAACCGCAUCCGCAUGUACAGCGAGCGCAGGAUCACAGCGCUCUACAGCCUGGUCCAGGGACAGCAGCUCAACCCCUACCUGCGUCUCAAAGUGCGUAGAGACCACAUCAUCGACGACGCGCUCGUCAGGCUGGAGAUGAUCGCCAUGGAGAACCCGGCCGAUCUGAAGAAACAGCUGUACGUGGAGUUUGAAGGAGAACAGGGCGUUGAUGAAGGAGGAGUUUCCAAAGAGUUCUUUCAGCUCGUAGUAGAAGAAAUCUUCAAUCCAGAUAUAGGCAUGUUCACCUACGACGAAAGCACAAAGCUCUUCUGGUUUAACCCCUCGUCGUUUGAGAACGAAGGCCAGUUCACGUUAAUCGGGAUCGUCCUGGGCCUCGCCAUCUACAACAACUGCAUUCUGGACGUGCACUUCCCCAUGGUGGUGUACAGGAAGCUCAUGGGGAAGAAAGGAACGUUCCGAGACCUCGCAGAUUCUCAUCCGGUUCUUCAUCAGAGUCUGAAGGAACUGCUGGAGUAUGAAGGCAACGUGGAGGAGGACAUGAUGAUCACCUUCCAGAUCUCGCAGACGGACCUGUUCGGAAAUCCUCUCAUGUACGACUUGAGGGAAGGCGGAGACAAAAUCCCGGUCACUAACGAUAACCGGAAGGAAUUUGUAGAACUUUACGCUGAAUACAUGCUGAAUAAAAGUGUGGAGAAACAGUUCAAGGCCUUCAGAAGAGGCUUCCACAUGGUCACUAACGAGUCUCCGCUGAAGUAUCUGUUCCGGCCGGAGGAAAUCGAGCUGCUGAUAUGCGGCAGCAGAAAUCUCGACUUUCAAGCACUUGAAGAGACUACGGAAUACGACGGCGGUUACAACAGAGACUGUCGCAUUAUUAAGGACUUCUGGGAGACGGUGCACUCGUUCGGACAGGAGCAGAAGAGGCUGUUCCUGCAGUUCACCACGGGCACAGACAGAGCGCCGGUGGGAGGUUUGGGCAAACUGAAGAUGAUCAUCGCCAAAAAUGGGCCCGACUCGGACAGGUUACCGACGUCUCACACCUGCUUUAACGUGCUGCUCCUUCCUGAAUACUCCACCAAGGAGAAACUUAGAGAGAGACUCCUCAAAGCCAUCACUUACGCCAAAGGCUUCGGCAUGCUCUGAGGUGCGACGAGGAGCAGCAGCAGCAGCAAAAAAAAAAACAACAAAAAAAAAAAAAAAACACACCCACAAAAAAGGAACUUUUUUCACCUGUUCGUCAAAGGCGGAAUCAACAACAACAACAAUAUCAAGUUUUCAGUGUAAGGAUGUGAAAUGGGCUAAAAACGGGGAAGUUGUGGUGACCGAGUGCCUGUGCCUAACUAAAGUAGAUAAAACCACACUGGACUCUUGUCUCUCUCUCUCUCUCUCUCUCCCUCUCUCUCUCUCUCUGUUCCUCUCAUGUAAGUGUUAAUUUUCCCUUUGUCAUUUUCUUUUUUUUUUUUUUUUUUUUUUUUUUUGUAUGCACUGAGAUAUAGCACUAUUUAUUUUAAGGGAUUUAAAAGAAAGCCUGUUGUUUUCAGUUAUCCAGCGCACUUGUUCAAGGAUAAAAACCUUCAGGACUCAUCAAUGCAUAUGUAAAACCCUAAAGAAAGCUGAAACAGAACAAAAAGGAGGGAGGAAGAAGAAGAAGAAGAAGUAGAAGAAGAGGAGGAUGAGGACUGAUAAUCGGUGGUAAUCGUUGUAACUAUGGUUGAACUGUGAAAGUGCACUUAAUUAAUAUUCGGAAUGUCUCUCCGUGUUUUUCUGUCGUCUCGGCCACUCGUCACGGCUCGUAGGUCUUCCCAGGUCAGUCCCGUGCGCCAGCUAUUAUUAUUUUUUUUUUUUUUUUUUUAAAGAGGUACAGAGCGAGCUCCGGUUUCCAGAACCUUCUCAGCAGGUAUUUAUUGAGGAGAAGCGAGUUGGCGAGGUUGUGCUGCUUGCUUUUGACCAGUGUUCUGUAUUUAGCUGCAGAGUCUGGGGUCUUGCUUCGGUGUGAUGUGAUGUGAUGUGAUGGACGCGACCACGUGACGUAACGAAAGAGAAAGCAGAAAUGGUUUUCAUUUUAAUUUCACGAUGACUUUUUUUCAGACUUUUAAACUAACAAGAUGAUGAAAUUCCCACCUCCCGUAUCAUUUUUAGUAGCUUCGUUCUGUCCAUACAAUAACAAUACGAAUGAUUUAACAGGUUUUGGCACAAACUGUCCCACCAUCGUGACGUGCCAAAACGAGUUCCCUUCAGGUUACAGCUGGAGAUCCACUUUAGUGAAGCCCCGGACCCAGAAAUAAAUUACAAAAAAAAAAAAAAAAAAAAAA